AUGGAGCUGGAGGUGUUUCUAAAAAAUUUAAAACUUGUAAUAAUUGUCGUCAAAGAUUCUCUAAAAAACGAAAAAGUCCUCGAAACUAUUAUAGAAUCUUUGGAAAAUGUACAAUCGGAAUGGCAUUUCCAUGUCAAUUCAAGUAAAGACCUCAUUAAUGAAAUUGUUGAAUUAAUUGAAGAUGCCGAUGAAUAUAGAUGGAUUUACAAUCGACAAUAUAAAAGUAAAGAGUCAAUCACUUACUGGUAUUCACAACGAGAUACUUUAUCCAAAAAACCACGCAAAAAUGCAGAUAUAUCAAAGCAAAAAGACAUUCCGUCAAUGGAAAGAUUUGAAUGUGGUGGGGUUCUAAAAAUUUCAGUUAAUGAAGUUACACGCAUAGCUGAAAUUAACUGA